CUACAUAAACAAAGCUAAAAUAUUCCUUUCCACUCUUCUUCAGUCCCGUGAUUGCACCGGAGGUCUCGCGCAGCUGUGCAGAGAUGGACAAGAGUCGCGAGGAGCCUUCCCAGCGAUUUCCCGAAAUUAUUGAGCUCAAUGUCGGGGGGCAAGUUUACGUUACGCGCCACUCAACUUUACUCUCAGUGCCCAGUUCUUUACUUUGGACCAUGUUCAGCCAGAAAAAACCGGCGGAACUUACCACCGACAGCAAAGGACGCUACUUUUUGGACAGGGACGGCUUUCUGUUCAGAUAUAUUUUGGAUUACUUGCGGGACCAGACUCUGGUUUUGCCUGAUUACUUCAAAGAGAAGGCGAGCCUUCUUAAAGAGGCAGAAUAUUUCCAACUUCAAGAGCUGGCAAAGCGCCUGAGACCGGCGGUCAGUAAGGAGAACUCCAUCAGCGAGGAGGUGUGCCAGAGCGACCCAGAGGAGGCUGCGCUCGCCAGCACCAGCAUCACCAGCACCGGCCCUCGCUCUCCGUCUCUGGAGGCGAAGAAAAACGGCUACAUAACCAUUGGGUACAGGGGCUCCUAUACCAUAGGACGAGACAUCCAACAGGACGCCAAAUUUCGACGGGUGGCGAGAAUCACCGUGUGCGGAAAAACAUCCCUCGCCAAAGAAGUUUUCGGGGAGACUCUGAACGAGAGCAGAGACCCUGACAGACCCCCAGAAAGAUACACUUCUCGGUAUUACCUCAAGUAUAAUUUCCUGGAGCAAGCCUUUGACAGGCUGACGGAGGUGGGAUUCCACAUGGUUGCGUGCAGCUCCACUGGCACCUGCGCGUACGCGAGUAACGACCCCAACGAGGACAAAAUCUGGACGAGUUACACCGAGUACGUUUUUUGCAGGGAGUGAAGUGGACUCAAUUUUGGGAACUGUUAUUCAAACACAUUUCUCGGACACUCACCUUUCCAUUCGUUACGCGCCACGAAUGUGUAGUUUUUUUCCACAGUGUCAACAUAUAAAGACUGUCAGUCGCUGAGCAGACGUUUUGUGCAUAUUUUCUGUGUAAGUAAUAAUUUAAUAAUAGCGGACCUCCAAAUUUGUCGUCUGUUCCCAGAAUUCAAACAACCGCUGAUAGCAAUUUUCAGUAUUUAAAUAUCGUAGGUUUGGACUGGAGGACGCACAAAAUGUACUCUCAAUGAUACGACUUUUUGAAAUCAAAUUAACCUUUAUAGGCUACCACUUUUUUUUGUCAUAUUAAAUGUUCAUUACAUUGCUGUUUUUUUCUCUGAGAGUACAUCCAGAAGCUCAACAGACACAACAGACACAAAAAUAAAAUAUCAUCCCAGUAGUAAAAUAGCAAGCUAUUCCAUAAUGAGUAAAUAUAUACUACUCUCCCCUCUGCUUUUCACUCAACAUUGACAUUUCUGAGAUGAUCAUUUGUGUUUGCACUCCUAUGCAUUUGUUUUAUUCUUAGCCAAGAUGUCUGUCCGCUUUAUAUACACAUAAUAAACUUAUCAUGAAAGA